AUGGAUGUGUUAUAUGUCGCAGAAGUUGCGGAAAUUAUCAGACGGCAUACCGGACCUCGUAGAUACUUGAAAGAUCAACAAAAUCCACUUGAGAUUUUGACCGAUGUACAGUUUGUUGAUCGUUACAGACUCACAAAAGACGGCGUAGUAAACUUCAUGGCUUUUUUACACGAAGAUCUAGCGAAAGUCAACAAUAGGGGUUCGCCGCUACCGCCACUAUUCAAAUUCACCGUCGUGCUCCGUUUUUACGCAACUGGGUGCUUUCAGGUUGUAUCGGGAGACCUUGAAGGAGUUUCCCAGCCAACUGUUAGUAGACUGGUGAAGGAGGUUAGCAGAAUCAUUGCAAUAAAACAUGAUGACUUCAUAAAAUUUCCCACCAACCCACAAGAUGUUCGAACGCAGGCGAUCAAGUUCUAUCAGAAAUCUGGAUUUCCAGGCGUAGUUGGCGCGCUGGACUGCACUCAUAUAAAAAUUCAGUCUCCUGGAGGUCAGCACGCUGAACUGUUCAGAAACCGUAAGGGUUAUUUCUCCAUUAACGUUCAAGCGGUGUGUGACGCGGACAUGCUACUCACGGAUGUUGUCGCGCGCUGGAGAGGUUCAGUUCACGAUGCUAGAAUUUUUGACAACAGCUCUUUGCGGGAAAAGUUUGAAAACAGCACAUAUACAAAUAUGCUGGUGGCGGACAACGGUUACGGAUGUAAGCCUUACGUUAUGACGCCGUUUCUGACACCACGAUGUGUUGCUGAGCAAAGAUUCAAUAAAUCACUGAUAAAAUCUAGGAUCACUAUAGAACGCACUUUUGGUGUUUGGAAAAGGGUCUUUCCUUGCCUUUCUUUUGGACUACGCACCAAGAUUGAUACCACAAUGACAAUCAUUAUUGCGACUGCUGUGCUGUACAACUUUGCAAGGCAACAAAGAAUCAUCACUGACGACUAUUAUGCAGAGAUACAGGAUAACAAUAUUUCAACAAUUAUGGUAGGACCUCAAGCUCAAGGCAACAAUGUCGCUGGCUUAGAUAAAAGGAGGCAGAUUGUGCAGAGCCAUUUUACCCGUUGAAUACUGAAAUUAUGGAACGGUUGAAGGUCCAAAUACCAAAAAAAACAAAAAUUUAGGCUUAUUCAUGUGAUUUCUAAACGCAAACAUAUGUAAACAGUCAACAUUGAAUUCAAAUAAAUGUCCAAUUUUACAAUGCAA